GGCAGCCAACAUUUUGCACCCACGUCAGCCGGCAUCGACAAGGCACGCGACCAAGCCCAACCUGUAUCCCCAACCGACACCCGAACCAUCUGCCACCAUGAUACGAAAGUAGCAAACCCAGCCGACGCACCAGGCGCUCUCCCGGCCCUCCGCGCGAGAAACAAAAGAUGACCCAACAACACCCCCUCCUCCGCCUCGCCCGCGCCGUCGCGCGCCGGCGACCCCAGCCCCGACUCCGAAACCGGCCUCCCCAGCGCAGCAGCAGCAGCAGCAGCACCAAGAAGCCGCUGCAGGAAGACCCGAUCCCGGUGCCCAGCACGGUGCCGCCGGUGCCAGUGGCGGCGUGGUGGCAGCGGCUGGGCCCGCUGAGCCGCGCGGCGUCGGCCUACGGGCGCGCCCAGCGCCGCCGCCCGCACGCCACGCAGCUGUGCACGUCGCUGGCCAUCUACCUGGCCGCCGACCUGUCGGCCCAGCGCAUGGCGGGCGGCGUCGUCGACGGGGAGGAGGUGGAGGCCGCGUACGACCCGGCCCGGACUGUGCGGUCGCUCGUCAUCGGGGGGCUGGCGUCGAUUCCGGGGUACAAGUGGUUCAUGUUCCUCUCGUACAACUUCAACUACCGCUCCCGCCUCGCCUCGCUCGCCGUCAAGAUCGCCAUCAACCAGUCCUUCUUCACGCCCCUGUUCAACAGCUACUUCUUCGGCAUGCACUCGCUCCUCUCGGGCGACUCGCUGGGCCAGGUCGCCGACCGCAUCCGCCGCACCGUGCCCACCAGCGUCGUCAACUCGCUCAAGCUGUGGCCCGCCGUCACCGCCUUCAGCUUCACCUUCUUGCCGCCCGAGUACCGCUCCGCCUUUGCGGGCGUCGUCGCCGUCGGCUGGCAGACGUACCUCGCGUUUUUGAACAGGAAGGCGGAGCUGCUGGCGCAUGAGGAGGAGGCGGCGGCGGCGGCGACGGUGGUUGGGGGUGUUGAUGAGCGGCAGGGAACCGCCUGCGCACCUACCGGCGCCAUGGCCGUUGCAGCCCCAACACCCCGAUAAAACCCCGACGCGACAGAAGCCCGGCGGGAACCGCGCUUGUUCAGGAUACCCAGCUCUGAUAAACAGAGCACUUAUAAUCACAUUGCAUGGGAAGCGGGGGAGCAUCAUCAGAGUUGCGGCUGCAACCUGAGAGUAACAAGAUAGACCGGCGUUUUGGGUAAACUUGGGAUUUGGCCAUGGCACGUGUAGACUCCGGUAUAAAAUGCGCAAACCCCCAUGAUAAACCCCAAUGCUUCUAGUUUUCGCCCUGCUUUUUGCUACCCGCCUCCAAACCUAAUCGCAGUUUUACCCCCUACCCUCGCGUGAAAAAAAAAAACAGC